GAAGUUGCCGGCUGGGAGCUGAACGCGCGGCUCUGUGCGGUCCCUGGCUGUGCUGAGGAGCAGUGUCAGGCUAGGGGAGCCGGCCAGAAGAGAGCGUCUUGGCCGGAGAACUGACCGCACGUUCGCAUGCCCAGCUUCGACCAGGACCUGGGAAGAUGGCGGGGCCGCAGCCUCUAGCUCUACAGCUGGAACAGUUGUUGAACCCGCGACCGCGCGAGGCGGAUCCUGAGGCCGACCCGGAGGAGGCUACAGCAGCCAGAGUGAUUGACAGGUUUGAUGAAGGGGAAGAUGGGGAAGAUGAUUUCCUGGCAGUGGGUAGCAUUAGAAAACUGGCAUCUGCCUCCCUCUUGGACACAGACAAAAGGUAUUGUGGCAAGGCCACCUCUAGAAAAGCUUGGAAUGAAGACCACUGGGAGCAGACUCUGCCAGGUUUAUCUGAUGAAGAAAUAUCUGAUGAGGAGAGUUCUGAAGAUGGAGACUCAGAGGCACUGGGUCUAGAGGACUCUGAGGAGGACAACCUGAGUGCUUCUGAGGAACAGGAUGCUGCUGAUGCUGAAGGGAGCAGCCCAGCCUGGAAGAAGAGUGGGAGCUGCUCUGCAGAAGCACCAGGCUUUAGUUUCCAGAGCGUCAGUGACUUUGAAAAGUUUACUGAGGGAAUGGAUGACCUUGGGAGCAGUGAAGAGGGAGAAGAGGAAGAAAGUGGCGUGGAAGAAGGGGACAGCGAAGAAGACUUGGAGGGUGAGAGUGAGGGAGACAGGGCCGGAGGAGACAGGCGGAGUGAAGAUGACGGUGUGGUGCUGACCUUCUCCAGCACCAAGGUUUCCGAGGAAGUGGAAAAGGGAAGAGCUGUGAAGAACCAGAUAGCACUGUGGGACCAGCUCUUGGAGGGAAGGAUCAAACUACAAAAAGCUCUGUUGACCACCAAUCAGCUGCCUCAACCAGAUGUUUUCCCUGUUUUCAAGGACAAAGGUGGUUCAGAAUUUAUCAGCGCCCUGAAAAACAGUCACAAGGCACUUAAAGCGUUGUUGAGGUCAUUGGUAGAUCUUCAGGAAGAGUUGCUUUUCCAGUACCCAGAUACUAGAUAUCUAGUAGAUGGAACAAAGCCAAAAGAGGAAAGUGAGAUUUCUAGUGAAGAUGAUGAACCAGUGGACAGAAAGCAGAAGAGAAGGGCACUGCCGAAGAGGAAGCUGGAGAUGGAUGCCUAUCCUGGCUUCAUGGCAAAGCGCUUCGCUGACUUUACUGUCUACAGGAACCGCACGCUACAGAAGUGGCAUGAUAAAACUAAACUGGCUUCUGGAAAGCUGGGCAAGGGUUUUGGUGCCUUUGAACGCUCCGUCUUGACUCAGAUUGAUCACAUUUUGAUGGACAAAGAGAGAUUACUGCGAAGGACACAAACCAAGCGCUCUGUCUACCGAGUUCUUGGCAAACCUGAACCAGCAGCUUCACCUAUCCCAGAGAAUUUGCCAGGAGAACAGGAGAUCCUUCCACAAGUCCCUGCCAAUGCUCACUUGAAGGACUUGGAUGAAGAAAUUUUUGAUGAUGAUGACUUUUACCAUCAGCUCCUUCGAGAACUCAUAGAACGGAAGACCAGCUCCUUGGAUCCCAAUGAUCAAGUCGCCAUGGGAAGGCAGUGGCUUGCAAUCCAAAAGCUACGAAGCAAAAUCCACAAGAAAGUAGAUAGGAAAGCCAGCAAAGGAAGGAAACUUCGGUUUCAUGUCCUUAGCAAGCUCCUGAGCUUCAUGGCACCUAUUGACCAUACGACAAUGAAUGAUGAUGCCAGGACAGAGUUGUAUCGAUCUCUUUUUGGGCAGCUCCACUCUCCCGCCACAAGCCACGGGGACUGACGCCGCAGCUCCCUCCCGGCACCGUCCAAUGGAGGCUGCCCGACCUGACAGGGACAGGGACGUCGGGCCUGGGGAGGUGCUCGCGCCUCCUCUCUGCCCAACACUGCCACCUCCCCGUGUCCUCUCCCCAUCACAAAUAAAAGUACUGUCACUGCG